AUGGCAGUCGCCGAUCCCAUCGUUGCAUGGCUGCAGCCGUAUGCCGACAAGUACGGUAUGCACCACCUGCCAACACACGUACCUACUCUCAUUCGUUCUGCGUUGCUCUGGUUUGCCAUCCAAACGCUAUCAUCUCAGGUCUCACCUAGACUUUUCCCCAAGACGUUCGCCAAGUUCAACCGCAAGACGCGUAUCAGCUGGGACAUUCACGUCGUCUCGUUUGUGCACGCUGCGGUAAUCACGCCGCUCGCAGCACGCAUUUGGCUCAAGGCCCGAGAGACGAAUGCACUCGGUCUGCGAACGCAUCCGCUCGCGAUCGAUCGUUUGUACGGAUACGACCACGAAGCAGCUUCGGUCUACGCGAUCGCUCAAGGCUACUUUGUCUGGGACUCGGUCAUCUCGGUGCUUCACGAAGGACCCGGCUUCAUCGCACACGGUCUCGUCGCUUUGAUCGCCUUCACGCUCGUCUACCACCCCAUCUUUAUGUACGAUGGUAUCGGCUUCUUGCUAUGGGAAAUCUCCACGCCUUUCCUCAACAUCCACUGGUUCCUAGACAAGCUCGGCAAGACAGGCUCCAAAUGGCAGCUCAUCAAUGCCGUCUUCCUGCUCUCGGCCUAUGUAGGUGCAAGGCUCACAUUUGGUGUGUACAACAGCAUCAGCUUCUUCAAAUUUGUCGUUGCCCCGGCCAAGCCUCACCACCCACCGAUCCCGUUGCACUUGAAAACAUUCUACCUGGUCGGCAACUUGACUUUAAACAGUCUCAACUUUUUCUGGUUCCGAGCCAUGAUCCGCGCGAUCCAGAAGAGAUUUACCGUGAAACCGGACGAUGCCAAGCCAAGCAAGGUGCUCAUCGGAGAGCAGAAGGUGCAGGUGGGCAUAACGGGCAAGGACGACGAAGAGUUUUGGAGGGAGGCUGGUGCCAAGAAAGGUGGAAAGGCGCAGUGA